AACUAUGUUUCAUUAGGGAUUUUUUUUUGGGUUAACAUUCCCUUUAAAGAUUUUUGUCAGAAGGGUUAUGUACAUAGGUAUUAAUGGAUUUUUACAUAAAGACCUCCGUGCACAAAAAUCGCUGCUGUGAUUUGAUUCAUUAAAGGAAUGAUUUCAAACAAAGGUACAGGUAUAAGCCAGAGAGAGACAUUUCUGAGCCCUACGCUAUUUGCUAUAGUUAUGUUUGCUAAAAUGACACUGCAAGGACUUUAAACAUGAGGGUGGAGUGACAAUAACCAAAGAUUACUGACCUGCUUGUUGCCAAUAUCAGAACUGCUAAGCGAUAUCCAGCAAGAGACCAAGCAUUAAGCCUACAGAUCUUCUUUCUGUCUCCUGGCUGCAUGAAACAUGCAAUUCAUUUCCAUAUUUGUGGUUUCCUUGUGGCUGGUACCAUGUUUUAGCAAAUCCUUGAACAACGGUGAUUUUGAUUUGUCCACUGAGCGGCUUGGGUCACCUGAUAAUCGGUUACCUACCAACAACUUCUCCUGGGCAAGAGGGAAUGUACCCUGUUCCCAGCUCCUGAAACAAUGCACGGAGUACAUUCAGCUCUUACCGAGUCAUGCAGAGCAGUUGGUACGUCCAGCAGUAGCGCUGGGUUUAAUACAAGUAGGAUGCUUGUCAGAGCAUGACCCGUUCCUUGCAGAGCUCAUUAUGGGAGAAAAUGCCACAAGGCUGUUCCAGUUGUUGUCUCAACAGUGGCAGACGUUUUCUUACACUCCUUAUUGGAAGAAGAAUACCUUGGACAAUGAAUAUUUAAGGUUCAAUUUAGACUCACUAGCUCCACCUUCGUUAUCAAGACAACCCCAGAAAUGCUCUGGUUUUUGGGAGGGUAAAAAAAAUGUUGCAUUGAACGGUGUGGAUUUGAAGCUACACCAGUCAUUGCAUGAUGCAAAAUUGUACUGUUACAUUCUGGGUGAUUCAUGUGCUGGUGUUACUUUAGAUGGAUUUGGGAAAUAUCAUACUGUGGCAAGAAUUGGUGGCCAUAUUAUUCCUCAGGUGGGAGCACAUUUAUGGUUACAUAGAUGCACUGGUGCCCACGUAAGGCGACGGUCAGUCAGUUCCGAGUGCAAGAAUGAGAGAGAAGAGAAUAUUCACAAUGUAAUGCAAUGGGUUCCCUUGAUAAGUGGUUGGUACAAUGCUGGGUCAGCUAUUUAUUAUGCCUCCAAAGGCUGCAGUGAGCUGGCUGAGGAACGAGCAGUAGAAGCCACGGUUGAUUUAGGUUAUGAUACUCUUCUUUCUGCUACUGGUGGAGCAUCUAGUGUUAUAGGUUUGGGGGCCGGAGUUGCUAUAAGGCCAGCAUUGAAAUCCGGUGUGCGUUCAGCCAUAGCCUAUUUUAAACAAGAUCCACAGACAGCUGAGCAGUAACACAGUAAAACUGCAAUUAAAAGUACAUAUACAUUAUAUGGAAAGGGCAAGCAACUAAAUUUAUAACCAAAUUUUAAAAAAUUUAUGAAAACCCAGAUGGAAUAUUUUGCAAAUGUAAUUCUUACAAACUCUCCAGUAUAAGUUAAACAUUAAAGGGAAACUAUACCCCCAACAAUGUAGGUCUCUAUAAAAAUAUAUUCAUAUGUAUAACCCU